AUAAGGGUAGUGGUAGCGGUGGUGGAGGAACGGGGAGGAGAGGAGAGGGUUUUGAAGAGCAAUUAUUUCGAUUUUCUUUGUAAUAAUAAAUAAAUAAAGCCCUUCAACUCGAAUUGGAAGAAAGGAAAAGAAAAGAUGGAAUGAGUUAUCUCUGUCUUAUGACGCGACUAAGAGGAGAGUAGCAAAGGAAAUUUAAUUCUGGUUUCAGAUUCAUCCCACAGUCACAGAUUGACUCCGAUCUUCUCGUCGGAAGUUAUAUCACGUUAGCAGUGUGUCCGCAACGUGACUGGAUAAGAGAAUGAGUGCAGAGAUUGAUUCAACUUCUGCUCCUGAACUUCAUAAAAUGUCUGGAACUUCAUCAGUAACAACCCCUAGUGGCCAAAAGCUCUCUAUAUUUGCAGCCAAAUCAGGAUUUGUCAUCCCUAAAAACAAAUUGUCCGGGUCACUGGUCCCUAUUUUCCGAGGGGCUAAAAAACACGGGGUCACUGGAGCCAUCAAUGAAGAAAGUUCAAAACAAACUGAGAGGAAAUCAAAAUGGGGACAUGAUCUUACACAGGAUGCGACUGUCAGGAGGGGAAAGGCUCUAGCUUUGCAGAUUCGAGUGGAUCAAAUCACAAAGCAGUUGGAAUCAGAAAAACUGGAAGUUGGGGACACUCAGAACUUGCCAUUGGGAGCUGAGAACACGGAUAAAAGCAAAUCUGGCUCUCAAAUGAACAGCAACAAGAAGUCAGAAAUGCUCGAACUUGAAAAGCGUGGAGCCAUAGGUGAAAUACUAAAAUUAGAUCCCAGUUACAAACCUCCACGUGGUUUUAAACCAUUGUUAAAAGAAGGCAGCAUUCCUUUGCCUGUUCAAGAAUAUCCUGGGUACAAUUUUGUUGGUCUAAUAUAUGGACCUGAAGGUGAUAAUCAGAAACAACUAGAAAAGGAAACUGGUGCCAAGAUAAAAAUUCAUGGAACCAAAGCAGACACAGGAGAGAAAGGUGAAAUUAAGCCUGGAACUGAUAUCCAUUCCAGUUACAAGGAGAUGUGUGUUAACAUAUCAGCUGAUAGUUUUGAAAAAGUGGAUGCAGCAAUGUCAAUAAUUGAACUGCUGAUUACCUCUGUAACUGGGAAUUUAGACGCUGGCUCUACACCCUCUGUAUCAGUUUCUAGGGAAAACACUGAUAUUCUGUGUCAAAGCCGAGAAGGCCAGCCUUCUCAUGCAGAUUCUGUUUCUCUGGAAAACAAGGCUGUUCUGCAACCAGGAGCUGUUACCCAAAAGUAUGAAGAUAACUUCCAAUACUCCACACCAUGGUUUUCAGUGGUUCCUUCUAAUACCCCCAUUUUUGCUUCAUCUGGCUCUGUAGCCCCCCCAAACCCAUUAGGCCUUGCUAGAACUCCCCAUUUUCCGUCGCAAACUUCAAAUUCGGUUCCUACUUUUGGUGCUCAACCUGGAUUUCAACCAAUUAUUCCAAAUCAACAUGUUUCCGUGCAAGCACCACCACCAAGACAGAUUUUACACUAUCCUCAUUUGACUCAAGCGAGUCCUUUGGGUCACGUUGGGCCCCCAAGAAAUGCUUCUGUAAUAUCUGUACGGAAUCUGUCAACUCCAACAAAUGCUUCACAUUCAUUUCCUGUUACUUUAAGCCAAUCAACGCCAAUAGGACAAGUGCAGACAUCAGUUUCUUCAUUUCCUCUACCCAUAUCUGGUGUAUCACCACUGCCCAUACCUAGCCAGCCCAUCACCCAUCUUGGGGCCCCUUCUGGACAGAAUGAAGCCCCUGUCGCUGUUAAAACAUCUAUUGGUCCCAGCAAUAUGGGGUCAAUGGCUCCACCUGGAAGACCUGCCUCUCUACAUCAACAACCUGAAGUUGCAUUUAUGCCACCACAGUCAAAUAUGUCAAUGAUACCACGAUCUGCUUCCUUUCCUUUACAUCAAGUAGGAAUAUCCCCCGGACCACUAUCAUCUUUGAGACCUAUGUCUGUACCAAUACCUGCACCUAAACAUUCAUCUGUAAACCAUUUAUCAGGACCUGUUUCAUUUCCUUCGUCAGGAAUAUCCCCCUCUUUUCCAUUGCCUCAGCAAGCGGGAAUACCCAAUUCUGCUUCUGGAAUUGCUCCUUUUCACACCCAUGUAAAACCAUCUGUCUUGGCGCCAUCAAAAUCUGGAAAUUUUACUUUUCGAUCACAUCCCCCCAAUGCAGACUACAGUCAAGUGGUUUCUGGACCAAACAGUCAAGCAGGUGCUACGCAGGAGCCACCUUCUGGUCCCCGGCCAUUUGGGUUUGGCGUGCCUGAUCAGCCUCUUCAAAACUUUCCUAGGACACAAUUCCCUGCUCAAAUGGAUCAAACCAUUUCCUUCGGGGGAAGAUCAGGUUCCAUGUCGAACUCAAUUCCUCCACCAAGGCAUACUGCAUUUCCAUAUGGUGGUCAACCUGCAUCUAGAUCUCCAGUCCCACAAAUGGGUAUGAAUAACUUCAUUCCUGCUCCACAAAGGCCAAACAUGACCGGUGCUGUUGCCCAAAGAGGCAUGCCUAUCCGACAAAGCUACGCCGUUCAGAUGGCACGGCCAGAUAUCCAUAUGCCCCUGAAUCACAAGUUUGUCAACAAUACGCUCAUGGCUUCUGGUAAGCUACCAUAUUCUGCGGACCAAAUUUAUGACCCCUUUUCACCCACUUCUGCACCUCCACAACAAAAAGGUAAUCCUGGACAAUGAGGGAAUUUGAUGUGGCCACAGAUACGUCGCUGACAGUGAAAUCUUGAGUUAUGACUGCUGUUUUAGGCAAGCAGGCGAGAUACUAAUUGUAUAGAUGGUUUCUUAUUACAAGUUUUAGUUGAGAGGACAUAUUGUCAUAGUUAUUUUUGGGCCUUUCUUCUGAGUGCCCAUUACCGAUGCUUUAUUGGGAAUUGAGUUCAGCCAAUCUUUUCAGAAAUGUGGUAAUCCCUCCACUAUGUAAGCCACUUCAUUUCAUUUGCAUUUGGAUUUCGUCACUGCGGUUGCGCCUGUUAGUUUUAA